UACCGGAGAAUAAAAAUGAUGCUGAGCCCGGACCAGGCUGAGGCCGACCUCUCCUGGACUCAGUCCGACCCGGAGUCGAUGCUCAACGGCCUCAAGUCGGCCGGCUGCGCCUCGGAUGACCCGGCGGAGGGCGAGGACAGGCCAAAAUGCAAAUCCGAUCAGCCCCUGAGCAGGGAGGAGAAGAGGAGGCGGCGGAGGGCCACGGCAAAGUACCGCUCGGCCCACGCCACCAGAGAGAGGAUCCGGGUGGAGGCGUUCAACGUGGCCUUCGCGGAGCUGAGGAAAUUACUCCCAACCUUGCCCCCUGACAAGAAACUCUCAAAGAUCGAGAUCCUCAGACUGGCUAUAUGCUACAUCUCCUAUCUCAAUCAUGUUUUGGAUGUCUAAAAGUGAUCCCCCCACGCACGCACACACACACACACCAUGAGACAGAGAGGGUUUGGUUGGAUUGGUAGACUGGACUCAAGCGCAUGCUGGGCGUCAAUUGGGUAUGGCAAGGUUGGCAGUCACAGGUUGGACUGAUAAGGAGAUUUUUAAAGCAGAUACCCAAUAUUUUUGUAGCUUUUCAUAGCUGAUAUUUUCUGCAGACACAAUUUUUGGGUGAAAAAAAAAAUAUGUCAGAAGAUGAGUUACAAAAUAAAAUUUAAAAAACCCUUAAUGAAUAUUUUAUUUAAAGGAGGUUAGAAAAAUUAAAUCUCGGAUUUGUUUUAUAAAGCGGUGGAGAAACUUACUGGCUGAUGUAAUAUCGGCUCAGUAUAUCGGUCUAACACCUGUGACAUGAGCUCCCAUCUUGCUUUGACUUCAGGGACGUAAAUGAAAUUAUGAGGUUUUAAUUACAAGAUUGAAAUCGUUAAAUAAAAAUAUCUACAAAUUCGACUUGCAAGACCAAAAUCUAUGAAAGAAUUUCUCCAAAUGAAACCAUCUUGUCCCCGGAUGCUGGGACUUUGCCAUACCUCAUAGUUGACUGAGUUGACCCCCCAUUCCAGUGUUGGUUGUGUAUGAUGGUGUAAAGUUGUCGAAAAGUGCUCCGAGUGAAAGCCUCAACUUUCAGUCCAGGACCGCUCACUGAACAAAAGCGACAAGCGCCGAGUCGUUUGAGCUGUUAGAUGCAAUAAUGAGAAUAAUGAUUAUUUUCCGUUAUAGGCUACAGUAGGGGGAGGAUGGGCUGCACGAGCAGGCAUUCACGUUUAACCUCGCAGCAGUGAUGAUGUCUUAGAAAAGGAGAGGGGUUUUUAUCAUGAAUAUAAGAAUUCGUUGAAUUUCCACAUUAAAUCGCCCUCACAAAUGACAAUAGUAUCCCACCUUAUGUCGUGAUUUAAGCCUAAAACGAAGUCCUCCCCUCACUAUAUCAAUUUGAGGUCUAACAAAACAAACGCUGGGGCAUUUUUCAGACCGAAAUGAAAGUAUGUAAACGAGAUAGCUGCUUUAGAUCUAGUUUAGAUGAUGUUUUCCGUAAAGGAAGAAAAAAAAACAUUCAAUGCGUAAGUGCCACUUAUGACAUAUAAAAUUGUGACCUUAAUCAUUUUUUAAAGUGUAUGGAAUUAUUUAUUUAAUUGUGUUAAUAUUUAAGGCUAAUUUAUUUAUGUUGAUAUCAUAGGCUGGCGUCUUUUUGUAUAAAUGUAUAUUGUUUGUUGCUUCUAUAUUUUAGGCUGUGAAAUUGAACUUGGAAAGUGAUGGUGUUCUACUCUUAAAAAUGGCACUUUCUGUUAACCCAUAGCAUAACUUAUUCGUUUGAUGUAUGUUUGAUGUAUGUCACUCUCUCUCUCAUUUUAUUUUUGUUGUUGUUGUUUGUUUGCUUUCAAUGUCACGUCUAUUGUCUAUCAAUAGCAACGAUAAGCACUUCAAGAUGGGGUUCAAUGGCCCCAUAAAUGUUUAUUUCCCUAAAUUGUUGUGUUAAGAGGUUGCUAUAGGAAUAUUAAUUAGGCUGCUUAAAAAAUCACUCAAUUUAAAGAUUUGUUUCACUGAAUGAGAAUAAUGUAAUAAGAAUGAUUAUGUCAGACAGUUUCUACCACCAAGGGGUUUAUCACAUGCGAUUCUGAAGCAAACUUCUUUUUGCUGUUACCAAAAAAUAAUAAUUAUUUCAAAAAAUAGUCUGGAUUUAUUAUCUUUAAUGUUUUGAUGUUAUUGUUUCGAUGCAUUGGUUUAUUUAUUUGUCUCUGCUUUGUAUUACGAAAUUCAACAAGUAAUUUUAUAGUGAAGAAGAAGAAAAAAAACAUAUCCUCUAUCCAAAGAUUUUUUGUCUCUUCAGGGUUGUGUAGGCUACUUGUUGCUUUAUGCAGAUCUUUUGUAGUAGAGGUAUUGUGUGACAGCUGGUUUCUAAUGGACAAACUUUUCAUAUUUUCCGGUGUUAUUUUUAAUUAAAUCGGAAAUACUUGAAAAAAA